AUGGAUGCUGAGGAUCCUGAGGAAAAGAUCGCACUUCAGUCUGAGAAGCCCAAGAUCCACGGGUACUACACCGAUGAUCCGAAAAGUCAGAUCCGACUCAGGCAGCGUCUAAUGGAGCUGAAACACCCAGAGCAACCUAACAAGAACUGCUCAGACAAGCUCACCAUGUUCACUCCUCAGUGGAGGAAGUUCUUGAUGUGGCGUUUUGGUGAGCAGUGGGUCUUCCUCAUCCUGCUGGCAGUCAUCCCUGGUUUCCUCAGCUGGGCCAUGGAUUUUGGCAUCGAAUUCGGCCUUCAAUCUACGAGGAAUCUGUACGAACUGGCACAUGCUAACGUCUUCCUGCAGUACUUGGCCUGGAUUUCAGUCCCUGUUGUGCUCAUCAUCUUCGCUGCUGCUUUUACCUACUUUGUCGGACCACAAGCUGCAGGAUCUGGAAUCCCUGAGAUAAAGCCCAUAGUGAAGGGGUUAAAGGUUCAUGAUCACCUGAGCUUAAAAACUUUGGUGGCAAAGCUGGUGGGGCUCACCUGUGCACUGGGCAGCGGGAUGCCACUGGGUAAAGAGAGUCCGUUCGUCCACAUCGGGGGUGCGUGUGCAAUGCAGUUGAGUCGUUUGAUGUCGUAUAUUAGUGGAGUUAAACGGAGUGAAGCUCGUGAUAUUGAGAUGGUGGUCGUUGGUUCUGCUGUUGGUAUCGCCGCUUGCUUCAGUUCCCCAAUCGGAGGCCUUUUGUACAGUAUCGAGGUAGCUACGUCGCUCCUCCCGGUGAAAUGUUAUUGGAAAGGAUAUUUUGCUGCCACCAUCAGCGCCUUCGUCUUCAGGAUACUGCAAGUAUGGAGCGGACAUCACGACACCAUCACCCCUCUGUUUAAGACCUUCUACCGUCACGAAUAUCCCUACCAGAUGGCAGAGCUGGUUACCUUCACCAUCCUCGGGGUUCUGAGCGGACUUGCUGGAGCGCUUUUCGUCUUCUUAAACGGAAUGAUGGUGCGAUUCAUCAGGAGUCCACGACGCAUCAGCAAGUUCCUCGUCAAGACGCGUGUUCUCUAUCCCGCUAUCGUCACUCUGGUCAUCGCCACCCUGACCUUCCCUCCUGGAUUUGGACAGUUCAUGGCGGGCGAGCUGACCCAGAGGGAGACCCUGCUCGCGCUGUUCGACAACCACACGUGGUCCAAACAUCUGGAGGCAGAUCAUUUCCAUGAGCACGACUAUUCGGUGGCCUAUAAACAUCCUCAGGUCAACGUCUUCGUCACGCUCACCAUCGCUUUUAUCAUGAAGUUGUUCAUGUCGGCGGUGGCGAUCUCCAUGCCCGUACCCUGCGGUGCUUUUGUACCAGCCUUCGUUGUGGGCGCGGGUCUCGGCAGGUUGGUGGGUGAAGUCACAGCCAUCAUCUUACCUGAAGCAGUUUAUGCAAACGGAACCGUCUACACUGUAAUUCCUGGAAGCUAUGCUUUAGCAGGAGCAGCAGCGAUGUCUGGCGCAGCCACCCACACCAUCUCCACCGCCGUGAUCGUGUUCGAGUUAGGCGGUCAGAUCAACUUUCUUUACCCAACAAUAUUCUCAGUAAUAGCUGCUAACAUGGUAGCCCAGUGCCUGCAGCCGUCGCUGUACGAUUCCCUCAUCCGUAUCCGGAAAAUUCCGUACCUCUCUGAGCCCAGCAUGGACCACCCUGACACGUCAGAAUUCCAGGUGGAGGACAUCAUGGAGAAGAACGUGAAAUACCUCACACUGACCUCCACCUACAGAGACCUGCAUAACAUCCUGCUCUCUAAACUCCAACAACUUCCGCUGGUGAAGUCCGCAGAGUCGAUGAUCUUGCUGGGAUCUAUUGAGUGUUCUCAGCUGCAUAAGCUGCUGUCCAACCAACUGUCACGCUCACGAAGACUCGAGUGCUUCAAGCAGGGAUCUCAGAACGACGAGCAAAAGGUCAGAAACCAGACAGGGGGCCCAGUACAAUUGCUGGGUAAUUACUCAGGGUUCAUUUGUAGAUAUUCCCAAGAUUCGGAUAUUAACCUGAGGAACCUUCUCUGCACCCACUCCACUGUGGCCAUAACGGAGGAGUCAGAUGUAGAUGAUCCCAUGAGCCUAACGGAGAUCAUCGAAUGGGAAGAGCAGCAGCUUGGUGAACAGGUCAACUUCGAGCUCUGCAAGAUUGACCCCGCCCGGGUCCAGAUCUUGGAGCAUACCUCCCUGCACAGGGUCCACAAUAUCUUCUACAUGAUGAGCUUGGACCUGGCAUACGUCACCAGUUUUGGAAAACUCAUUGGCGUUGUGGCACACAGAGAGCUACGAAAGGGCGCUGGGGACUACGUGAAGGAGCGAGGGAUUGAAACCCACCCGCCUCUGGUUUGCUUCAGAGAGAGCAUGACCAGGCUGAGAAAGACGACGACACCAGAAGCGACCGAGCUGCGCAAGCUACUGGGGAGCCAGAGCAACCUAAACUAUGCUGCCCCCUAG